GGCAGUUGGAUUUCAAUUUUGAAAUAUGUAUUAGGAUUUUACGCGUUUGGUGGGGGACUAUCAAAACAUAAAAAUGACGGAAGAGUCGGCAGUUAAAGUCUGUGUUCGAGUCCGUCCGCUUAUUGAGAGGGAAGAAAGCGCUGCGUCGGAGAACGCGGAGUCUGUCCAGGUGUUUUGGAAGGCUGACAAGAAAUCCAUUCAUCAGAUCGAUGAUGGGAAUUCCACUAAGAGCUUUGUCUUCGACCGAGUUUUCAUCGCAGAAGAAACAACCAAUCAGCUGUACCAGAGCAUUGCAAAGCCUCUGGUUGUUUCCUCUGUCCAGGGGUACAAUGGAACUAUAUUCGCUUACGGGCAGACUGCUUCAGGGAAGACUUUCACCAUGAUGGGGAGCAAUCGUAUUCAUGGAGUGAUCCCUCUGGCUGUGGAAGAUGUCUUCCACACCAUUAAAAAUUGUUCAAAGAAGGAGUUCCUUCUGAGGGUUUCUUACAUGGAAAUCUACAAUGAAACUGUGAGUGAUCUGCUCGUUGACAGCUGGAAGAGAAAACCUCUGGAAGUCAGAGAGGGAAUCAAUAAAAACAUCUACGUGGCUGACCUGACUGAGGAGCUGGUUACGAAUCCUGGACAAGCUCUGGCCUGGAUUCGGAAAGGAGAAAAGAACCGCCACUAUGGAAAGACUAAAAUGAACGAGCGGAGCAGCCGCUCGCACACCAUUUUCCGAAUGAUCCUGGAAAGCAGAGAAAGCGACUCUGCAUCGGGUGAAAAUGCUGAUGGAGCCAUUAUUGUGUCUCAUUUGAACUUAGUUGAUCUGGCUGGAUCUGAGAGAGCAAGUCAAACCGGAGCUGAAGGCACACGUUUCAAAGAAGGUUGCAAUAUCAAUCGCAGCCUGUUCACGCUCGGCCAAGUGAUCAAGAAACUGACUGAUGAAAGCCAGAAGGGUUUCACCAGCUACAGAGACAGUAAGCUGACCCGCAUCCUGCAGAACUCCUUGGGUGGAAACGCUAAAACAGUCAUCAUCUGCACCAUCACUCCGGUCGCUCUGGAUGAGACGCUCAGCACUCUGCAGUUUGCCAGCACUGCAAAGAAAAUGAAGAACGACCCUCAUGUGACGGAGGUGUCUGAUGACGGGGCUCUGCUCAAAAGGUAUCGCAACGAAAUUGUAGACCUCAAGCGACGACUUCACGAGGUCUCUUCAGACACUCAGACCACAGCGACGGAGAAGAAGGUUCUCUCCCAGCUGCUCCAAGAAAAGGAUCAGCUCCAGAGAGAACAAGAGGACAGGAUCAGAAACCUGACCAAACUGCUGGUCACCAGCUCCAACUUGGUUCCUGUUCGAAAGAGGCCAAAACGCAGGGUAACGUGGGGAGGAAAGAUGCUCAGACUUGCCCCUCCGUCUGCAUGUGAUGAAGGUCCAUCUGACCUCAGCUUUGCAGAGUCUUUCACUCAUCAGAGAAAAGCAGGCCGCUCCUGUCUGACGGAUCUGUGUGAAGAGGAUGAGGACUUUGACUCUCACUGGGAGAUUCCCGAUGAGCCUUCAGAUGACAUGGACAUGAGUCAGAGCUCUGUGACUGUCCGAAGCUUUGGAGACAGCCCCAAAGACUUUUCGUCUCCAGACCGUAUCCACAAGCUUUCAGGGAAAGUGUCCCACCUGGAGCUACAGCUGGAAAUGGAGAGUCAACAUAAAGAGGAGGCCAUGUCAAAGGUAGACGCUUUAGAUGGCAGAGUGGCCGAGCUGGAGCUGCAGCUGCAGACUGAGGCCCACCAGAAACAGGAGGCCCUGGAGAAAAUGCAAACGGCAGAGCUGAGGGCGGCCGAGGUUGAGCUGCAGCUUCAGCUGCAAACGGAGAACCAGCAGCAACAGGAGGCCCUGGAGGAGAUGCAGACGGCGGAACCGAAGAUGGCCGAGCUGCUCCUGCAGCUGCAGACAGAGGUACAGCAGAGACGGGAGGCCAAUGAAAAGGCGGAGAUGUUGGAGUUCAGAGUGGCAGACCUGGAGAGACGGCUGGAAGAACAGAGCCACACUCGGAGUGAAACUGAUGAACAGAUGAGGAAAGAGUUUGCAGAGACCAUCCAGCUGUGUGAGACUCUGGCUAAAGAGAAGGACAUGGUGGCGGCUGAGAGAAACUAUCUGAAGCAGGAGCUCGGGAUGUUCAUCGAGCAGACGGAGCGUCUGGAGAAAGAGAAAGCUGCUCUGUUAACGGAGAUGGAGGAGAAAAGAGAGAUGGACGAGUUCAAAUCUCUGGAGGAGGAGUUCAGCAAAGAGCACGAGAAUGAGUUGCAAAACGAAAUCUCUGAACUGAAGAGGACCGUCGAAUCCUCUGAACUCCAAUGCCUGGAGCUUCAGAACAAACUAGAAACUCUGUCUGAAAAGCUGCAGAAGAAAACAGUAUUUGCAGAGGAACUUCAGAGUAUGAGCGGUAAGGACUUGGUGCAGGAGGUGGCGACGCUCCGCCGCUCUCUGGAUGAUGCCGAGGGGCUCAGCAGAGACACGAAGAAGGAAUGGGCCCACCUGCGCAGCAAAAACAUCGCUGUGGAGGAGAUGAAUGUGACUCUGAGCGCCAGCUCCUCGAAGAUGGAGGCUGAGGUGAACAGCCUGCGCUUUCAGCUGGAGAAAGAGAAGUCGCGCUUCAGAGCGAUGCAGAGCGAUCUCGAAAAAGAGCUGAACGUGGCAUUCAACGAGAACACGAAGCUCACCAGUCUGCUCGACGGAAAAGUCCCAAAAAAUCUGAUAGACAGCAUGGAGCUGGAGAGAACCGUGGCCCAGCUGAACCGAGAGCUGACUGCGUCUCAUGAGGCAGAAGGAGCCCUCAGAGCUCAGCUGGAGGAGCUCGCCUCGCUCCAGACUCUUCCAGAGAAGGUGGACCAUUUGACGAAGCAGCUGAAUGAGCUGACUGAAGAGCUUCAGCGUGUGCGAGAGGAGCAGGACGCUCUCCUGUCUGAGCAGAGGAGCUCUGCAGAGGAGACGGAGAAGCUGCUCUCUACAGUCACAGCGCUCACUGCAGAGAGAGACCAGCUCACGAGGGACCUUCAGGAGAACGAGGAGAUGGCUGCAGAGACACAACUUCUUCUACAAUCUCUUCAAGACGAGCUCCAAGAGCAGAGGGGAAAGAACUCUGAUCUGGUGAACCUCGCUGAGCAGAAGGAGUCUGAAUCAAGGGAACAUCUGCUGAGUCUGUCACAGGAGCUUCAGCGUGUGCGAGAGGAGCAGGACGCUCUCCUGUCUGAGCAGAGGAGCUCUGCAGAGGAGACGGAGAAGCUGCUCUCUACAGUCACAGCGCUCACUGCAGAGAGAGACCAGCUGCAGACAGACAUGCGGGAAAACGUGGAGAUGAUGAUUGAGAAUCAGGAGGCGCUGAGGACGGCCCUGGAGAAGAAUCGACAACGGAAGGAGCAGAUCAAACAGCUGGAGACCAAACGGGAGGAUUCACCCGAUGAGAUGAGGGCACGGAUGGAGGAGCUGAAAACACUGAUGAUCGAGAACCAGGAGGAGCUGAGGGCGUCUCAGGAGAAGGUCAGAAUUCUACAAGAUGAGAUCAACGAGCUGAGGAGUCAAAAGGCCGAGCUGGAGGGCAGAUCAAGAGAUGGGAGUGAUGCAGAGAUUUACCUCCAACUGCAAGAGCUCCAAAAUCAGAUUCAGAGGCUGACUGAGGAGCUCGAGAGUGUUCGAGCGGAGAGAGACGGUCUGUCGUCGGAGAGGACGGCCGACGCUCAGACUCGCAGCGAGGAGACUGAGGAGCUGCUGUGCAGAGUGAUGUCUCUCAGCGAGGAGAGAGAUCAGCUGCAGGAGACUCUGGAGGCUCUGAGACGGGAGAAGAAGCAGCUCAGAGCAGAGCUGGAGAACAGGAUGGAGACGGUCGCACUCGCCCAAAGUGGGUUUAACCAGCCAGACAUGGUGACCUCAGAACUGCAACCACAGGAUGAGAAUGUAACCCAUCUUCAGCAAGAGAUAAAGGAACUACAGGCGACUUUCCAGGCCGUCACCGAGCAGAAGAGCCAGUUGGAAGUUGAUCUGCAGCGUGAGACGGAGACGGCUACAGAGACUCGAGAUCUUCUACAUUCACUUCAACAGCAGCUGCAAGAGCAGAAUCAGAGGAACGUGGACCUGGAGACACGAAGCCCAGAGAGGCCAGCUCAGCUAGAACAACAGGUUGCAGAGACUCUGUGUCAUAUUCAAUCUCUUCAAGAGGAGCUCCAAGAGCAGAAGCAACUUUACUCCGAUCACAUGACACUCUGUGAGCAGAAGGAGUCUGACUUGGAUCAACAGACCAAGACUCUGACCGAGCAGCUUGAGAGUGCGCGAGCAGAAAGGGAUGCCCUGUCUGAGAAGGAGACCAGCGGUCAGACCUCCACAGAGGAGAUGGAGGAGCUGCUGUGCAGAGUGACGUCUCUCAGCGAGGAGAGAGAUCAGCUGCUGGAGACUCUGGAGGCUCUGAGACAGGAGAAGAAGCAGCUCAGAGCAGAGCUGGAGGACAGGAUGGAGACGAUGCAGUGUGAGUUACAGCUGCAGCAGCUCAGCUCUGAGCCUCAGUCGCUGAAGGACGAGCAGGACGACUGCUCUGCUCUGCAGAUCCAACAGCUAGAGGAGCGUCUGGAGAAAACUCAGGAGGAGGUGAGCCAGUUGAAGUCUGACCUGCAAGAAAACGUAGAACUGAUGAUCGAGAACCAGGAGGAGCUGAGGGCGUCUCAGGAGAAGGUCAGAAUUCUACAAGAUGAGAUCAACGAGCUGAGGAGUCAAAAGGCCGAGCUGGAGGGCAGAUCAAGAGAUGGGAGUGAUGCAGAGAUUUACCUCCAACUGCAAGAGCUCCAAAAUCAGAUUCAGAGGCUGACUGAGGAGCUCGAGAGUGUUCGAGCGGAGAGAGACGGUCUGUCGUCGGAGAGAGACGGUCUGUCGUCGGAGAGGACGGCCGACGCUCAGACUCACAGCGAGGAGACUGAGGAGCUGCUGUGCAGAGUGACGUCUCUCAGCGAGGAGAGAGAUCAGCUGCAGGAGACUCUGGAGGCUCUGAGACGGGAGAAGAAGCAGCUCAGAGCAGAGCUGGAGGACAGGAUGGAGACCAUGCAGACGGAGAUGAGGACUCUAACUGAGAAACUGGAGCUCGUUGAAGUGGAGAGAGACGGUCUGCUCUCUGAGAAGGAAGCCAGCGGUCAGACCUCCACAGAGGAGAAGGAGGACCUGCUGUUAAGAGUGACGUCUCUCAGUGAGGAGAGAGAUCAGCUGCAGGAGACUCUGGAGGCUCUGAGACAGGAGAAGAAGCAGCUCAGAGCAGAGCUGGAGGACAGGAUGGAGACCAUGCAGACUGAGAUCGCACAGCUGAACACGUCUCUGCAGACUGUGACUGAGCAGAAGAGGCGGCUGGAAGAUGAUCUACAGCAGAGCAUGGAUACGGCUUCCACAACAGAAGAACUUGUGAAGUCACUCCAAGAGAAGCUGUGUGAACAGAAGCAGAUGAACUCUUAUCUGGACAAACUGUUUCAGGAGAAGGAACGCUCUUUGGAUCAACAAAUGAGGACUCUAACUGAGAAACUGCAGAGCAUUGAAGCAGAGAGAGACGGUCUGCUCUCUGAGAAGGAGACCAGCGGUCAGACCUCCACAGAGGAGAAGGAGGACCUGCUGUUAAGAGUGACGUCUCUCAGUGAGGAGAGAGAUCAGCUGCAGGAGACUCUGGAGGCUCUGAGACGGGAGAAGGAGCAGCUCAGAGCAGAGCUGGAGGACAGGAUGGAGACGUUGCUCGGCGAAGCGAACACGACCAUCUCAGCCCUCAGAGAGCAGUUGAGCAGUUUGGAUCAGAGCACCAGUGGAGUCAAGGAGGAGGAGGAGGAGGCGGCGUCGGCGUCCCGGCUGCAGGACUCUGCUGAGCAGCUUCAGGAGUCCUUCGGAAGAUUCCAAACCUUCAUAGACGAUUGUUCCAAGUACAGCUCCACAGCCCCGGACAAGAUGCUGUGUUCGCUGAGUCACCUGAGCACUCUACCAAAACCCACCACGGACGCCUACAGCACCGUGUGUCAGCUGCAGCUGCAGACAGCUCGGACUCUGGGAAACAUUCCGGAGCACCUGCAGGUGCGAGCGCAGGACUACAGGAAUCUCUUCAAGCUGUUGGUGAAGAAAGAUUUGGCCGUUUUUGAGGAGAGGCGUCGGCAGGAUCUGCUGCUGUGCCGAGCGCAGGCACCCCGCCGCUCGCUCAAAGACGAGGACGGCAGGCUGACCGAGCUGCUGGACAAGAGGCAGCUCUGUCUGCAGAAAAUGUCCAGCGUGUAUGGGAAGCUCCGGGCCAACAUGGCUUCCUACACCAGCGAGCUGUUGGCUGAGAUGCGAGCCAGAGAGAGGUUCACUGGGCAGCUGAAGGCCGUCUUCACCGGCCAGUCCUUCAGCUUCAGCGGGCUGGACGGCAUCCUGAGCGGAGAGCUGGACCACAGGUCUGCGAUGGAGCAGGACAGGAAGAUGACCCUGCAGGCCAUCAUGGAAGAGCAAAACGGUCUGUGUGAGGAGCUGAAGCUGCUGGAGUCUCAGGCGGACUCUCGCCUCCAAGAGGAGAGGAGUAAGACCUCUACUCUGCUGGAGGGAGCUCCUCUGAAAAAGGAGCUCACCCUGCUGAAGGACAACCAGCAACUUGUGCUUCAGCUCCAGCAAGCUGAAGAAAGAGUCAAAGCUCUGUGCGCACACAUUGAGCAGCUGGAGGAGGCUCAGGUCAAAGCCAGCAACAGAUUGUCCAACCACAAACAGGCCACCCAGCUGCUGCAGACGGAGCUGCAGGACAGCCGCGCACAAGUCGAUGAGAAGGACGGGACGAUCCAAACCCUCAAGAGCAAACUGCGCCAGUCUGAGAAAAAUGCAUCACCCAGCGCUGUUGAGCUGGAAAAACUCCGGAGUAAACUGUUCAAAAUGGAGGUGGAGUUGAGUUCAGCGUCUGAUAACCACAAACAAGAGAUCCAGAUGAUGAGCACAGUGCUGAAGGAAAAGGAAGAGUCCGUGAGGAAGCUGAAGGAGAGUUUGAGGAAAUCACAGCAGGAAGGAGAGGAAUCAUUCCUGCAGGGUGAGGACCUUCAUGCCAGACUGACCAACCCCAGAGGUUUAGUGAUCAAGACCAGCAUUCUGCUGGAGAAGAACAAACUGGAGCAGGAAGUCAACCAGCUUCAACUGAAAAUAACUGAGCUGGAAAGCUUGGUGUCCAGUCAGCAGGAAGAGAUCACCAAGUGGAAGAGCAGAGCCACCAGGCUGAAGGGGAAGACCAAGGCCGAGGUGGACAAGCCCUCAUCGCCCUGCACCCCCACCAAGAGGGGCCUCUCCAUGACCUCGGACACCUCCAACUUCUUCAGCUCACCCAAGAAGUUUCUGGCUACUCCCAGGAAGCUGCUGGACUCUCCCCGGAAGCUGCUGGACUCUCCAAAGGUCUCUUUGCUCGACUCUCCCAAGAGCAGAUUCUGGGGGGCGGGAGGAAGCUCCGAGAUGCUGUCCAGAACCCUCCCCAAGCAGUUCUUUAAUAACUCCAAACUCGGAACAAUCCCAGAGGUUUUCGAUGUUCCUGAUAGACCCGACGCAGAGACGGAUGUGGAUGCAGAUGCAGACGGGAAGGAGGACAGGUGGCCUCAGUCUCCAAACCAAGAGCAAAUGUGUAAAACGCAGUAAAAUGCUCCUCGUGCAAUCAUUUUAAUUGUCUUUCUUCAUGUUGUUUUUCUUUGUUCUUUUACUCCAUUGUUCUAUAAAUA